AUGCCUAGGUCAUUUCAGGUCCGAAAGGCUCGUCAGCAUCCGCCGAAUCCCUAUAGUCGGCCUGAGGUGCCAGGAAGUCUCGACGGCUUCGAAGGGCUGGACGUUGUGGACCUCCGAGGGAUGAAGGAGUUGCGGAAGAAAAUACAACAGCAUAAGCUUGGAGACUUGAUGGGUCAAUUAUCGAGUAUUGAUAUCGGCUCAAGUGCUGACACGUGUUCGGCGACAUGGAAGAAUGUGAGGCCUGGCUGA